AUGUCUGACUUUGGUGACUUUAAUUCCUCCAACGAUCCUACUGCCGAUUUCUUGGCACGCGAACGCGCUGCUCUCGGCGAAGAUGCUGACCUUUUCUCAUCUGGCGACGUUAACACCAACAUUGCUGCCGAUGGUGUAGCGGAUUUGAUGAGCUCGCCAACACCACCAUCGUCAUCUGGUGCUGCCGCAACAACAUCAGUCAUGUCUCCUACCCAGGGUUCUUCAGCUCUUUCGCCACAAAACGUUACUACUCCUGGCUCUGGAGCAGGCGAUUACUCUGCAUUUGAAUCCGAUUUUCCUAAAGCUGAAGAGCUUGAAAGCUCGCAGGCUUUCCACAAGGCAAUGCUGCCCGAUGAGGAGCCUGAAGUCGUCAGACAAUGGCGCGAGAAGCAAAAAGAGCUGAUCGCUCAACGAGACGAAGAGGCGGAGAACAAGAAGCAAGAAACGAUCCAACGCGCCCGCGAGGAGAUUGACAAGUUUUAUGAGGACUACAAUGAAAAGAAGCAACGGACCAUUGAAGAGAACAGAGAACGCGAAGAGAACUACUUGAAAGACCGUGAAGAAGCAUCGUCAGCAAACGUGUGGGAACGCGUGGUUCGUGAAUUCGACGUCUCGAAUGCAAAGUCAGCACAUCACACGCGCGACGUUAGCAGAAUGAAGCAGCUUAUGCUGGAUCUGAGAAAGGAUCCCAAGGCCCCUGGUACCAUUGUCGAAGCAUAG